CUUGAGUACCAACCAAUGGUUAGUCAAAAAUCUUUUUGGGUUUCUUUAAGGUUUUUUAUGAUGCCCUAGUUGAUUUAUGUGAUCCGAAUGUCUUUGAAGAAAGAUCAAGGAUACCUUAAAGAUACUCAAGAAGUAUUAUCUAUCUCAAAUGGGACUGAUUAUUUGGAGGGAGGGACUGAUUACUUGAUCACUCAACUAGCUUUAGACUUGGCUUGAG